CUCUACCCUUUGGCUGGGAGCAGUCACCUGGGAAUCAUUCCAGCAGGUGGCUUCCAAAGUCCAACCUGCUAGGUUGAAAUCUGACACUAACAGAGACUCCCCGGGAGUCUGAAAGCUAAACCAGGAACCAGGAAAUGCACAAGCCUCUUUAUGUAGAAAAACAGCUGGGCUCCCUCAGAGACAGAGCACCAUGGGAAACCGCCUGUGCUGCGUGAAAAGCUGGAGUUGCCCAUCAAUUUUCCAGAGGAAAAAGAAAACAGGGAGUCAACCAAGAUGGACACUGAAGCAGCAGCAGCAGCAGCAGCUGAAUGGCACAAAGGGCCAUGACUCAACAGGACACAGGUGUGAGCGGGUGUUAGAGCAGCCUGCAUCUCAGGAGAGGAAUCAAGGCCUCAGAUCAGAGGACAGCGGCUUAUAUUACGCAGACAUUCAAGUGUGCAGCCGGACCCAGCCACGCUCUGCCCAGGAGGUGAAGCACCUGCAGUUACAAAAUGCUACAGAGUAUGCCACACUUUGCUUCCCCCAGGCCACACCCUGCUAUGACAGCAAGAACAGGACCCUAGUGUGAGCCUUGUGGAGGAAGGACCAGUUUCCAUCAUUUCACCGCUACUCCUGUGGGAGAAUCUAUUGCCCAAGGAUGGCGGCCACAUUUUAAGCUUAAAGAAUUCAGGAUCCCCUGCAAUUGUGUAUCCCCUAUCUUGCUGUCUCCCCUAGGCCUGUCUCUUAUUUGCUGCCAUUAGCUUGGAGUUGUAUUUGCGUUGGCUAGGGGUGGAUGGAGUUGCACAAAAUGAGGGGGUUAGGCUGAUGUGCAGGAAGGUAGGUAUGUGACCCCUACCUUUACUCCUGCUCUUAAGAAAAGUGCAGAAUACCCCUAAGCACUUGAGCUGAUCUUGUUGAACUUAAUCUAACGGUAUCGUUAAACUCCUUAAUGCUAUCCUUAAACUCCAAAGCUGAAGAAGAGGUGCUCUGAAAAAGCAUCCUGAGCUUUUGUACACAGCCCCGAGGCCUGGCUUGGGCCAUUUCCUCAGUGGCUGGGUCAAGGGUCCCCGACCUAAUCAGACGAAUGAGAGCAGAGGCUGAGGCACGGAGGAAGCAUUCUCAGACCAUUGGUUGCAAGGACUUUAAAUCAAUGGUACUGACAGUACUGCGUGGCCGGGAAACUCCCCUGGGUGGGCCUGUUGGCUUUCACAGGUGCGGAGCGGCUAGGAUCAAUAAAUCGCGUACGGAACCUUG